GACAAAUCAGUAAUGCGCUAAAGGAGUUUCUUGAUCUUAUAAAAUUAUCUGAAAAAACUCCUAAAAAACACAAAGACACACGAAAAAGUAAGUCUCCCGUUGCAAUCAAGUUUCAAUCGGAAAUUUUUAUUCAAUCUGAUUGCUUGAAGGAAAAUGACUAUUGAAAACAGAUUAUCUUUGAUUUUUUGAACUUAAACUCAUCAAGAUUAUUUCUUAAGGCUGAGUUCCCACCACUGCAAUCGAUCCAAGUGCUCACCUUUUUAUAUCUUUUAAUCUUGAUUGUUCUGCCUUUUUUUGGAUAGCUUAACGUCGUAACGUCGUAUAAUGUCACUUUUAUACUUGACUAGCAAAAGGAAAUUAAUAACGUAAAUCAGAAAUUGAAGCGCUCCUAAUACAGAGCCCUGGGAAACACCGCAAGCCAAGCUUUCCAUACCAGAUCAUUUCGGUUCAACGGCGACAAGUUGAUUACAGUUUGUUGAAGAACUCGAUAAACUUUCUUAUUAUUACCACUUUCUUAUUUAUCCCAUAUUUUUCCUUAGAAAUCUGUGUAAUCAGUCAACUUCUUUUCCUACCAAUUGUUUACUUCAGUUAUCAGUUAGUAAAAAUAAACGUGAACACUUUCUGUUUUAUUCUGACGUCAGAGAAUUAUCCCCAUUUUAAAUUCUCCUGGGAUGUAAGGAAAAACCGCGCGAUUAUCAUGCGCUGCUAACUUGGCUUUUAUAUCAUCAAUCAGAGUGAUUAGGAGAUGAUAUUAAAGAUACAGAGGGCCAAACCAAACCCUAAGUUGGAAACAAAAACUUGUCUGGCUGGUAAUUUUGCGAUUGCAGCAACGAACACUAAUGCAAACUACACUCUGGCUGAAUGUGUCCCAAAAGAAUGAAAGAAAUUCACCUCCUACCAACCCAGAAAUAUUCAACUUGUGUUGAGCAAAAUAACACUACCCUUUCAUUACCAACACGUGAAAUUUUUCGCCCAUUACUCUUUCAGUUACACUAACGUAGGUUGCUUUUACAAAGACGGCCGAAAAUAUCGGAAAAUAUGGAAGGAUAAUGCAGCGAAAUACAGACCGUAUUAAUGCGACAUACCUUUUCGCCCACCAAGGGAAAUAGAGAAAGCCCAAGUAUAUUACAUUCUUUAUAUACGUGCCAUUUCAACCAUAUCUUUACGCUUCCUGAAUAUUUUGCCCGAUUUUUGCCAUUCAUGUUUUGACUGCAAAAAAUGGAAAAAGGUUACUUUUAUAAAAUUGAACAAAAAGUUUCUUCCAAAGAAAGCCUUAUCUGAAAUUAUACUGCGAUGGUUUAGCGGAAGUAAUUCAAAUGCACAUUUUGCACUCAAAGAAAAGGUGUAAAAACGGGUCAAAGAAAUCGACUUUUACAACCUUUUAACUUCUUUUCUUCAAAAAACGAACUUUUCCUUGAUGAAAAUCGAUACAGAAAAUAAAAAGUUGAUUCUACAAAAGUAGAACCAAGCAACUUGUUCGCCGGGGAUAUCGAAUUGCUUAUUUGAGAGAUUAACUUUGUAACAGCGCCGUAGCGAAACUCAAGUAUUUAGUGCCGAUUUACUUUAGGUAUUUGUUUCUGAAAAUGGUUGCAAUUAUCAGAGCAGUUGCGGUGGGCGUUGUAAAAACGUUGUGCAGAAAUAGCCGAUUUUGUUGGCGUUGUUAGUUUGGAUUGUGGGUAUCGUUUGUGCUGUCAAACUUAUUGUUGUGAGUUACGGACGGAAGAGACCGAAUGCUAGACGGAAUGGAAAUGUUGAAUCCGCUCAACAUGCCCGUUUCUCCUGCUCAAGAGAACAAAACGGUGUGUGACACACUUAACCGGAGUUAUACUCAGUUUCAUCACGCCAAGCUGGGAGGCAUUCCGCAGGCCUUUAUCCUCAAUGUCUCAGGGGCCGCGCUCCUCAUUGUUGUAUUCUCGUUGCUCCGUCGUCGAGCCGGCGACUACGCACGACUCGCUCUCAAUCACGACACGUGGAACGAACUAUUUUGGGACGACCGUGUUAGCCUUGGCGACUUUCACUCUUCGCCUGAUAUCAAAUCUCGGAAUUCUAACGAUGUUUCACCUGGUGUUAUCAAAGGAAACCUAGAGAGCCCACGCGAUGACUUGGCCAGCAAGGCUUCUGGAAAGAAAGUGGAGGCCGCAAAUGAUGCUUCACCGGGGAAGGUUAAUGGCGUCGCGAAGCACACAAGAUCGCCAUCUGAAGAGUCCCGACACAAGUGUCGGAAGUCCGGCUUCAAAGCUUCCAGAGAGGAUAUGAUGUUUCGAAGUGUUGAUGCGGAUGACAUAGAAGAAAUUGAUCCGACUUCUUCCAAAUAUAAUCAAAAUAUGCAAGAUACCUCAUCACAACCUGCCCCAAUGGAGAAGAUUUCGGAAGCAAACAAUAAUAUCAAUAAUAACAAUGAUCAAAAAAUAUCGUUGAAAACAAACAACAGGGAAUCACGGGAGAUAACUUUUUCACCAACAGUAGCAAUUUCGGAUAAAGACCAACAAAAACAACCGGACAAACUGCUUCGGCCGAAACGGAAGCGGUCUGCAGCCUCUAUUCUCGCUCACAGGUCGUCCCGACUACUUCGUCUCGAGAGUCCUCGGAGACAGGACGACGGGUUCUUCUCGUGGAUCAUGGUGACCAUUCGGCUCUCAGAUGCGCAGUACAGAGAGAGGGUGGGUCCAGAUGCCGUGCAAUAUCUCACAUUCCAAAGAUAUUUGAUAGGAGUUGUGUGUACAAUAUGCCCUAUCUCACUGAUAGUUAUGCUGCCGACUAAUCUCCUCGGAAACAAUCUCGACAACCGAGCUGACCCUCUCGCUUUCACGACAAUCUCGAAUCUGAGCGACAACUCAUUUCUCCUAUUCAUCCCCAGUGCUUUCUGUGUUCUCUACAUAAUCGUCAUUAUUACAUCUAUGAGACAUUUCACUGCCAACAUGCCCUUCAAAUCCCAGUUCAAAACCAACGCCGUCAUGAUCACGAAUAUCAACGUGCAGAAAUCAAACCAUGCGGCUGUGACGUCUGAAGAUGUUCAAAGUUACUUGAACUCUGUUUACCCCGAGGUCAGAAUAGAGGUCACGAUGGCCUACAACGUGCAGAAGAUGGCCAAGUAUCUGAAAAAACUGGAAUAUUUAUCUCUGGCUUUGGAGUAUUGUGAGCAGUACAACAGCAACAAAUCUGAAAGACUGCGUAUGGUUCCGCGUGUUUUUGGAGUGCUUGCCAGCUGCCUCUUGCCCUCCUGGUGUCUGUGUGGGUCCAGUAGUCGAGUGGAUGCCCAGGAAUACUACCAGAAGAGGGUGGAGAAACUGCAGCACAAAGUGGACAGGGAGCGCAAGAGUCUCAAGAGCAAACCACUCGGAAUAGCUUUCGUAGUUUUGCCAUCUUUCCAAAUCGCCAAACGUCUGGUCGAGGACUUCAAACUCAGCAGCAACCGCAACUUCAAAAAACACCCCCAACAAGACCUGGGUGCUGAAUUCUGGAACGUCAAACUAUCUCCCCCCAAGAAGGAUAUCAUCUGGGAGAAUCUGCAGAACAUCGGACCCACUUCAUUUCUGAGGGGGUGUCUGGUGAACUUCUUGUACGUCAUUCUGUUUAUUUUCGUGUCCACUCCAGCUGUUUUGCUGGCCUGGUUCGAGACUUUCGACAGGAGCACGGCUGGCAUUCAAGACAAGGCCAUUGAGAAGUCUUCGUUGCUCGGAUUCAUGAUCCCCCCGUUCCUGUUCGUGAGUGUGGCAGUGUUCAUGCCCUACCUCAUCUUCCUCCUGGACGACCUCAGGUCCCACUGGAAGUUAUCCACUCUCAACCUUCGAGUCAUGACCAAAACCUACAUCUACUUACUGUUCAUGGUCGUCAUUCUGCCCUCGAUCGGUCUCACUAGCAUCUACAAGUUCAUCGACAGCGUCGUCUUGAAGAGCGAAAAAGUGCGAUGGGACUGCAUGUUUCUAAUCGACAAUGGCGCCUUCUUCACUAAUUACGUCAUAACUGCCGGUCUUGGAGGUCUUUGCAUGGAACUGAUGAGAGUCACGGACCUCGUUCUGUAUGGAUGUCGACUCCUCAUGAUGAAAUCAAAAGCGGAACGGAAGCCCGCAAUCAAAAGUACCUUGCUUGAGUUCCCUUAUGGUUUCAUGUAUGCGUACCAACUUACAGUAAUGACUACUGUUAUUGCAUACAGUAUUUUGUGCCCGUUAAUUACCCCCUUUGGUGUUAUUUACAUGUUUGUUCGGCAUUUUGUUGACCGCUAUAAUAUUUAUUUCAGUUAUGCGCCUAGUCGCAUUUCACAGAACUGUCACUACCGAGCUGUGAGCUUCGUGAUUCUGAGUUCGGUAGUGAUGCUGAUAACUCUUCUCGCGUUCUCUUGGAUUCGUUUCGGCAAGAGCAACUGGAACACAAUAUUUUUGAUAGUUUGUGCUUGUUUACUGGGUUUGUUUUUGAUCGCAAAGCAUGUCGUGCAAUUAUUACGAAAUUUUCGCAGCAGGUCUGAUUCAUUAUCUCUGGACGUUUCACAUGAACACACUCUUGACCAAGGAACAGCCGAGUCGGAACCGAUGAACGAAGAAAAUUUGGGUGAAAUUACCCGCUUUGACUGCCCUUUUCUGACCUUUAAACCCACUUGGCUGAGUAGACAUGCAUCUUCUUCGACGCUAAAGCUGGCUCGUCCAAACAACCGAAAGGAACAGGAAUCCAAACUAGCCGAAAACUGCAACGAAACUCAUUCGUUCACAUUCGAUAUCCAACUAGCCAAUCAGCAUGCAGAUAACUGUGCCGCCAAUAAAAUUGGCAUGGAUCAAACAGAGGUAACCGUUUUAGCCAAUCCAGAUGGAGUACCGGAUACUCUAGCCAAUCAGAUUGUAGAUGAUUCAAUCAAUGAAAAUACAGAGUCUCAAAAUAAGCCAAAUAACGUGUGCAUAAAAUUAGAUUCAGGUCUUGAAGUAUCGAAUGAAACCUCAAAUGAAGCUUGAUUGUUGAUAAUAAAUAGGGUAAUAAAUUAUUGAUAAUGAAAUAAAAUAAUUUAUUGUACAUAAAUUAAUAAAUUAUAGAAAUGAUUUAUAUAUUAUGUAUGUUGCUUUUAU